UCAUACCUUUCUCGGCCUUUUGGCUAAGAUCAAGUGUAGUAUCUGUUCUUAUCAGUUUAAUAUCUGAUAUGUGGGCCAUAGGCUCACUUCAAUAUUAAACUUAUUUUUUAUGGGGGAGGGUCCACCGCAGUGGCUUGCUACUGGGGCCCUCGAGCGUCGCCCAGGCGUUGCACUGCUGCCCGGGCCUGGCGCACCCCAACCAAAACGGGAUCAAAAGCUUUUUCAGUAAGCACAAAGAGCGUGAACAAGAAUUACGGGAACGCUGCUGUUUCUGUUUGAGUUAAAAGAGUGGAGCAGAGACUAGGUCUCUUUCUGCUGGCAGCAAACUGAAUGGCGUCCUGUUCCGUCUUCACCCCAGCGGCGCUCUCCGCCUCGGCGCCGUCCAGCCGGCGGCGCGCGACCGCGGCCGUAUGUCUGCCCGGUGUUCGCCGCAGCCGCCUAGCGUCCCGCGGCGUGCGGUGUAGCGCCGGGCAGGGUGGCGUCAAGGUCCCGGCGAAGCUGGCGGAGCUGUGGGCCGCGGCGAAGGACGCGCCUCCGCUGGCCGUGCUCGCGGGCGUGGCCGCGGCGGUGGCGAUCUACAAGGUUGGGUCCAGUCUCCUUGCGCCGCGCCCUCCCCCACCGCGUCGGGUGGAGACCCAGAUGGCCCCGCCGCCUCCAGUGCCGGAGCCGGUGCAGGUGGGUGAGAUAACGGAGGAGGAGCUGCGGCAGUACGACGGGUCUGACCCCGAGAAGCCGCUGCUGAUGGCCAUCAAGGGGCAGAUCUAUGACGUCUCCCAGAGCAGAAUGUUCUAUGGACCUGGUGGGGCAUAUGCAUUGUUUGCUGGAAAAGACGCCAGCAGGGCAUUGGCCAAGAUGUCCUUCGAACAGAAGGAUCUAAAUGGUGAUAUAUCUGACCUUACACCAAUGGAGCUCAGUUCCUUGAAUGACUGGGAGUACAAGUUCACCAGCAAGUAUGUGAAGGUAGGAACUAUAAGAAGGGCAGCGCCUGCAGAAGAGGGUUAUGCUAGCAUUUCGCCUGAAAUACGGGAGGAAGUUUCUGUACCUGUACCUGUGCUUGACCUGGAGCCCGAGCCUAUUGACGAUGAUGCACCAUGAAAGGAAACACACAGACAUCUGAGCAACGCGGGGAAGAACGAAAUGGUAGGCGGGGCACUACUGAUAGUGUCCCAAAGGGAGCUAGAAUUUAGGAAUAACCGGAUGUUCGGAAGAAAUAGUGUAUAUGUACUCUGCAGUAGGAUCAAAUGGUUGGAUAUGAUUAUAUGAAGAGGUCAGUGCUCUAGCUCAGUGAUGUGCAUCUUCAGAAACGAGACAUGAAUUUCCCUUCCAUAAAAGGAAAAAAAAGAAACUAGAUAAGUUGCUCCAUCACUUGUGCAGCAAUCGCCCUUGGAGAGCAAACAGGCCUCUGCGGCUCACUAGCUCCAGAAAGACAUAGUGUAUUCAUUUGAAUCGGGUUUUAAUCUUUCAGCUGCCACCUGCCUGAUUAAAUAAUGAUACGCAAUUGGACCACCAUACACAGGAACUCAUCCUCGUUGCACUGAUCCCGUACACAUCACUGUCUGAUCUAACUUGCUCAGCAAAGUAAUGAGUUCGAUAAGAAUCAGAUGUUGGGUUUUUGACACAUGGUAGUGGCGUGCUGCAACUGCUUCACAGUUAGUAAGUUUAACUAUCUGACACGCAUCACUUGAUUCCAUCUCGUAUUGUCCUAAAGAUGGAUUGAACAUUGAAGAGACUUUUAACCGUGAUACUCCAGAAUUGUGCGCUCCAUUUUUGGGCUUUUGGAAUAUCACCAAGCUUGGACGAAAUUUACUGAUUCCUCUGGAAUUUGGAAUAUCACUGGAUUUAUAUGGAGUUCAUCGAUUUCAAAUAGCGCAAGGGUGAAAUGUAAGGCACAUGCUUUUCCAAAAAAAAAUGUGAGUAAUAACAGCAGGAGAGCACACACAUUUUUUU